AUGGAGAAGAGCGAGCUGCGGGUGCGGUGGCUCGUGCUGUUUCUGUCCUGUGUGCUCAUGAUCGGCAACUACUACUGCUUUGACAACCCUGCAGCAUUGAAGAGUCAGCUGCAGCAGCACUUUAGCGCCAUCCCGAAAGACCGCUACGAGUUCCUUUUUAACUUACUGUACACAUUGUACUCGAUCCCCAAUAUCUUGCUCCCAUUCUUCGGUGGUGUCUUGGUGGACCGAUUCGGUGCUCGCGUGAUGAUCUUUGCCUUCUCGACGGCAAUAUUAACGGGACAAGUGAUCUUUGCAGCGGGCUGUUCCCUCUCGAGUUUCAACAUGAUGCUGUUUGGCCGAGUGAUCUUUGGCUUCGGCGGGGAGAGCUUGGGAGUUGCUCAAGGAACUCUUGUUGCCUCGUGGUUCAAAAACAGUGAGCUAGCACUGGCUUUGGGUAUCAACCUUAGCGUGGCUCGGCUCGGCAGUGUCAUUAACAACGAACUCAGUCCAGUCGUUGCUCAAGCUUCGGGUGUGUCGUCAGCGCUGUGGGUGGGUGUCAUCAUGUGUCUCGGAUCCACCUCCACGUUACUGCUGUUGACUCCAAUUGAUCGGACGGCUGAAAAACUGGACAAAAAGAGUCUUAAGGGGGAUGCGGCUAUUGCAGAGAGCAUUCGUUUCAGUGAUGUCAAGUAUUUCCGACCAGCGUUCUGGUUCCUGGCCUUGAGCUGUUUGGUGGUGUACGGCUGCGUAAUUCCCUUUAACAACGUCGCCAGUAGCCUGCUGAUGGAACGCGACUUCUUCAAGGAACCAUCUGAACAGUGCCGACGAUGCGGUGAGGGACGGUACAUUUUCGAACUCGAUUGCGAGCACAUAGCCCCAGGAUGCCCCAGUGUUCCUCCGUACGGAUGGCCUCUGCCCUUGCUAUCAGCAAAUUGCACGAUUAAGGAACCGUCUGACCAGUGGAACUGCUCGACGUCGCCACCGCUCAUUCUUGACGACAAGAUCAAUUGUGACGACGAGGCAUGGAAACUCGGCCCGUUAACGAAGACGUACUGUGCUGCAAAGAUGGGAGCGGCGCAGCGAGCUGCUACCCCAAUGUCAAUUCCAUACAUCAUCAGCGCUGUCAUAUCUCCGUUUCUGGGGUUCGUGGUUGACCGUGUUGGUCUCCGCGCCUUGUUAGCGCUGGUAGCCCCUCUCGCAUUGACGGCAGUCCACGCCAUGCUUGGAUACACCCAAGUUACACUGUACGUCCCGCUGGUGCUGCAGGGUGUAGCCUACAGCGUGUUUGCCGCAGCAUUGUGGCCCUCAGUUCCAUACGUAGUCGAAGCAAAGUACGUUGGAACGGCAUACGGAGCAAUAACCGCUAUCCAGAACGUUGGACUCGCAAUGUUCCCUCUUGCCGUCGCAGCUCAGUUCAAUCACGACGGUCAUUACAUCCCGAGCGUGGAACUACUCUUUAUAUCGUUUGGAGUGCUGGGUAGUCUCGUGGGUAUCGCCCUCAACGUGGUGGACUACCAGAACGGGCACAUUCUGAAUCGUACGAAAGUGAUCAAAACUCAAGUGCCGCUGAUGCUGGACGAGGAUGCGCUUGAUAGCGAAGCGCUGUUGACUGCCGAGCAUUAG